UUUAAGUAUGGCUGGUCAUGGCUUUUAAAGGCCUCCAUCCCUAUUUCCUACCUCUCUGAGUUAUUUCAUUGAACCGCGCACUCAACGUUCUUCAUUGAAGCGUUCUCCGUUGAAUCUAAUUCCUGUAUCCCCUAUUGAAGCAGCUUCUAAGGUCAGCAGCUCCUCCUUCCCUGGUUGCUGGGGUUGAGUUUUGGAUUGGGGUAUUUUCUGUAAUUUGUAAAUUAAUCUAUAAUCAUCAUAAUCAUUAUCAUAUUUGUAGUAAUGGGUUUCAACAUGGUGCCUUACUCUCGCUUGAUGACAAAACGGAGUAAGGUUAAGAAGAGGUCAUCAACAUUGGUUGUUUCGAAACGAAGGAAGGAACUAAAAUCGAGAGGGGAGAAUGAGGCUGAGGCUGAUUUAGAGCUCAAGCUUGAGUUGUUUAGCAGCAUGAUAGACGAGCUGCUGACCGAAAUAUUCCUACGUCUCCCAAUUGACUCUGUGUGUCGAUUUAAGUUGGUUUGCAAGCAUUGGUGCUCUUUAUUCUCUAGUGAUUACUUUGUCAGUCGUUUUACCGAAUAUAAUCAUAAUCAACAAUGUCCUUUUACCCUAGUGUUCCAAUAUUCAGUUUUUGGUCCAAGUGGAAAUGCGGAAAUAUUGAAUCCUAUUGGAGCCAUUUCUAAUCACCCUGUGUUGUCUAAGUCUCUAAGAAACAGACCACUUGACCUGAAUUUCAAGAGGGACUUUAAUGACAACUUUCUAAAGAUUGAGCCAAUGCGUGUUAUGGCCUCGUGUCAUGACCUGCUUCUUUGCGGUCACUUUGGUAGUCUUUAUGUGGUCAAUUUGCUUACGAGGUGUUGGAUACACAUUCCCCCUCCUCCUAUCCGCGACCAGGAUCGUGAACGAACUAUUUUAAACUUAAUGCAGUAUCCAAAAGCUGGACUUUUGUGUUCCCAUGAUAAUAAGAAUGGAGAUGGCUUGUGUAAAUAUAAGGUGAUUUUACUUCCUGGUAUUCGUAGCGAUAUCAUGUUUCCUCAACCGUGUGUUGUCGUUCCGCCUGAAAUAUAUGCCUCACAGUUUAGCGUUCGAAUCUUCUCUUCAGAGUCGAGACAGUGGGUGGACAUCGCUGUUGAUUGGUACCCCUGGUCAUUGAAUGCUUAUCUCUCCUGUACCCCUAUUCUAUCUCACGAGGGCAAGUUACAUUGGCUAAAUGGACCCUCGCUUGUUUCUCUUGAUGCAAAUGCAAAUAAUCUCAGCUGCCAUUCAGUUGACCUACCAAAUGAAUUAUCCAUUAAGCCCUCUUUAAUCUUUGGAUAUUGCUUUGGAGUGUGCCAAGGGAAGUUUCGGUUGGCUCGUCUUAUUUACAAGAAGGCUGAUGGCGGCACUGUCCUGCUUGUUUGGGAUUUGGAAGACUAUCACAAGGGGGUUUGGCAGUCGGCACACAGGGUGAUACUUCAACAUCAGCCAUCUCUUAAAAAAUACGAUUAUAGGUUCAGGCUCAUGGCUUUUCAUCCCUUUGAUAGGGACAUGGUAUUUGUGGACAUGAAUGGUGUCUUUCAGUUCAACAUGAGGACAGGGAUACUUGAGAGUUACCAUCAACUGAAGCUUGAAAAAGGUUGUUAUUGUCGAAUGUUACAACGACCAUCAAUUCCGCUGCUCUUUCACCGAGGGUUCCCAACAGCAGUAUCCGUACCCUCAUAGGCCUGGCUUUAGAAGCUAACGUCAAAAAUAUUCUUUAUCCACACUUCUGUGCAAGAAGUCAGAACACUGGUAAGUGAGUGUUUAUUGGAUGUAAUCUGUCAAAAUACAAGCAGUUAUAUAGGCACCAACGGGUGAUCACAUGGUGGUGGCUUUCUUAUUUGUUUUUUCCAAUAAUUAUAUAUUUAUAUGUAUAAUAAUAUAUAAUACUUCAAUUAGCUUACCCUGCUUUUGAGAUUAAGGUAGUGCUUGUUGAUUGUUAAUACUUCAAUUUUCCGCUAAAAAUUAUCUUCAGUAAUUCAUUAUUUAAAAAAAAAAAUUACAACUCUAGAAAGUGUGUUUUUUUGCAUUUUGGAAUUUUACAAUUUGGUUCAUGUAGUCUACCCCGCUUUUGGGAUUAAGGCAUUGA